AUGGCAAACAGCUUGGCGUUUGAGGUCAUUGUUUUGGGGCCCACUGGUGGACCACGCGAAGACCAAGUGACUGGCCUUCUUGUCCGAUCAAAAUCCACAAACUGGGCUCCCGGCUCAGUUGUUGCGGUUGAUGCAGGGACCAUGCUGGCCGGAAUCAUCCGAGCACUGAAACCACAUAUCCCGUUUUCAAAGUAUGGUCGCGCCAAAUCCAUUGCCAAUACUGUUCUGAAAGACGGUCCCUUCAAAGGCCUGAAUAUACCCAACGAGACUGCCGAGGCCAAUGCAGCCCACAUAUUCCGAGAGAUCAUUGGCGCGUUCCUUAUCACUCACCCCCACCUGGACCAUGUUUCAGGGUUGGCAAUCAACACGCCGAUCAUCGAGGCGGGAAGUGGGCCAAAACCUGUUGCGGCUCUGCCGUCUGUGUUGGCGGCUAUCAAAAACCACGUGUUCAAUGAUGUGAUCUGGCCCAAUUUGUCGGAUGAAGAUGGUGGUGCUGGUUUACUAACAUAUCAACGCCUGGUUGAGGGUGGAAACCCGCGAUUUGGGAACGGAGACAGCCGAGGUUAUGUUCGCGCGUGUCUGGGAAUUGUGACCAAGUGUCUGAGUGUCAGCCACGGCCGGUGCAAGAAGCGCUAUCAUCCCGAAACGGGAGUCCACCAUCGCGCGGCAAGUAAUGUUUUCCACACUGGAGAUUCGAGACGCCUUCGCCCAAGGGCAAUAUCCGUGGACCAUUCUCCUGGAGAAGGUUUCUAUUCCCCGGUUCGCUCGCCCCAUCUCAUUCCUGGUGAACCUGCUGUGGCAUCUGCGGAAAGCUCUGCUUUCUUUCUCCGUGACCACGACAGCGGAAAUGAAAUCAUUGUUUUUGGUGAUGUCGAGCCAGACUCAGUCUCGCUCGAGCCACGAAACCGACGCGUCUGGGAAACAGCAGCGCCUAAAAUUGCCAGUGGCAAACUUCGUACCAUCUUCAUCGAAUGCUCCUAUACUGACGGCAUUGAUGACGCAUAUCUUUACGGUCAUCUCUGCCCACGCCACCUUAUUGCGGAACUCACAGUUCUCGCUGAUCUAGUCAUGUAUUCGCGUGACAGUCAGGGUGUUAUCCUUGAUCGAAAGCGAAAGCGCCCGGGAUUGGCUGAAAAAGCUGAAGAUGAUAGCAUUUCUCGCUACAAACGGACUCAGAGUUCCUCGGGUAGCCAGACACGCUAUAACGAGCCUCUUGAUGGAGUUGGUGACCUCUAUAGCAUCGAGGAACUUGACCCCCCGGACCCUACCCGCUGGGCCAAUAUCGAAGAUCCUCCCCUGGGUGGACUAUCUGUUUAUAUCAUUCAUAUUAAGGAGACACUCAAAGAUGGUUCUUCACCUGGAAUACGCAUUAUCGAGGAGCUUACCGCUCGCAGCGAUGCAUGUCAGCUGGGUUGCAAGUUCUUUCUCCCGAAUCCAUUGGAAGCUAUCUCCUGUUAA